AUGGUCGCCAACUUGCCUUACGAUCUCACUGAGGACAAGCUCAAGGAGAUCUUCGUCGAAUUUAACCCUGUCUCGGCUAAGGUUGCUCUGCGCCCCAUCCCCCGUUUCAUGAUCAAGAAGCUCCAGGCUCGCAACGAGCGUCGCAAGACCCGCGGCUUUGGUUUCGUCACCAUGGCCACCGAGGAGCUUCAGGCUAAGGCCGUUAGUGAGAUGAACGGCAAGGAGAUUGAUGGCCGCACCAUCGCUGUGAAGGUCGCCAUUGACAGCCCCGGCAAGGAGGAUGAUGUCAACGAGGCGGCCGAUAAGUUUGAGGAGAGCACUCCAAUCAAGGAUGAGGUCGAGAUCAAGCAGGAGAUCAAGGAGGAGAACACCGCCCCCGCUGAGGCUUAA